GCAUCUUUGUUCAGCCAGCCGCUCGAUUCCUAUUGUUCAUGCCCGCCAUGAAACGAUGGUAAUGGGAAGCCGCUGUCUUCCUUCCCCAUUCCAUACUCUCCAUUUCUUGUUUCCUUCCAACCUUUAAAAAAAAAAAACCAAAAAGUUUCAGUUGCAAUUUAUUAGGUUUUCAAUAAGAAAAUAGUACGAUAAUCCACAGAGAGCGAGAGAUCGUGGGAGAUCUCACGAUGAUCCGACCCUCGUCAAUCUCUCCCGAUCCGAUCUAAACUCUCUCGAGAAUUCCGUUAGGGCUUCUCUGAUCUCCCUCGAUGGCGAAUUUGCACGGCGAGUUCAGCCAGAGGAUUGAUUACGUGUUCAAGGUGGUGCUGAUCGGGGACUCGGCGGUGGGGAAAUCGCAGCUCUUGGCUCGAUUCUCUAGAAACGAGUUCAGUCUGGAUUCGAAAGCCACCAUCGGGGUUGAGUUUCAGACUCGGACCCUCGCGAUUGAUCACAAGACCGUCAAGGCCCAGAUUUGGGACACCGCUGGCCAAGAAAGGUACCGGGCAGUGACAAGCGCAUACUACAGAGGAGCAGUGGGCGCAAUGCUAGUCUAUGAUAUGACCAAGCGUGUGACUUUCGAUCACGUAGCGAGGUGGCUCGAGGAGCUCAGAAGCCAUGCAGACAAAAACAUUGUCAUCAUGCUCAUUGGCAACAAGUCUGACCUUGGCACUCUACGUGCAGUUCCAACUGAGGAUGCUAAAGAAUUCGCUGAGAAAGAGAAUCUCUUCUUUAUGGAGACUUCGGCGCUUGAUGCUACCAAUGUCGAGACUGCGUUUCUUACUGCACUGACUGAGAUUUAUCGGAUCAUAAGCAAGAAGUCUCUUGUUGCUAAUGAUGGACCUGAUGCUGGAGGGAGUGGAUCUUCUCUGCUUAAGGGGACGAAUAUUGUCAUUCCUGGGCAAGAGCCACCUCCCGAGUCAUCGUGUAGUUGUUGAAUAUUCUGUUUGUUGAUUUAGGUUAUGUUUGAGUUGGGAUUUUGCCUUCCAGAGAAAAGUUUUGAGUUGGGGUUGGCACAUGUAACUGAGGUGUCUGAGAUGAUUCCUUCUGGCUAUAUACUUGUAUUCUUUUGAUUUGUAAGACAACAAUUCUGUUCCUUAUUUCAAUGUAAUUUGUAGUUCCAACAUGAUACACUUUUAAACUGAGGCCUGUGUUGUUGUUUUUUAAGUUUA